UCCAUAUCCAAGGAAAACAAAAAUGGAAGGAAGAGUUCAAAAUAUGUGUUAAAGAACUUAUUUGCUGAUUACGUGUCUAUAUUGUAUAUUUAUAUAGCGAAUAUAUAAUGAAACAACAGUGGUAAAGGUAAACCAAGAAGGGAAGAACGAGAACAUAAAUGGGGUCAAAACCAAGUACUCCGCGAGCCAAACAAAACGCAAAUAGGCCUACAUCGACUGUUGAUGUGAAAAAUGACAAAAACAAAAAUAGUAAAGGACAAGGAAGUGAAAAGGCAUCAAGUGAUGGUCCAAAGGAUGUGAUGAUCAGUUAUAGCCACCAAGAUAAGGAGAUAAUGGCCAAACUCAGAGAGAGGCUAGAAGACAAUGGAAUCACAGUUUGGGUUGAUGUUGCAGGGCUACAAGCUGGUGUAGAUUUCCUUGGCAAAAUUGGACAAGCUAUUCUUGAUGCCAAAUUAUUCAUAUCAUUACUGAGUACAUCCUCUGUAAAGUCCAAGUACUGCCAAGACGAGGUUGCAUUGGCAUAUGUAUCACAGAAAGCAAUAUUCCCGUUCGCCAUCCACUCACAACAGGAGGUCUAUGGCUGCAUGGGGACAGGAAUGAAGCUACAACUUUCCGGCAUUGAAUGGACAUUCUCUCUUCAAUCGGAAACAUUUGAGGAUGAUUUUGCAGAGUUACUCUCACGAUUGAAAGUAGAACUAGAGGCACAGAAAGCAGAUGAGAAAACUGAUGUCAGUGCUAAACCUUUUAUUUCUCGUCAAUCAAGUAAAACUCAAAAGAAAAAAGACCCAAAGGUGAAGGAAGACGCUGAAGAUUUCUGGAAAAAACAAUAUAAUAAACAGGACAUGGUCGCAUGGGAGAGGUUCAAGGAGGAUUUUUCAAAGUAUUUCCAAGAACAGAUUGCCAACCUUUUUACUGAAACUGAAGAGUUCGACUUCCUUUGGACAAACUUGAGAGAGGAAUUAGAACUACUCAAUGAUGAAGAUUCUGUGGAUAUGUUGUUAAAAAAUAAUCUGAUCGGUUUUACAACUCGGUAUGGAGACACAUUAUCCCUAUGGGAGAGCACUGAGGUCUUUGUCAAGGAAAUGUUUGCAAUACAUGAAGUUUUUGGAAUGGACUCUUCUGUUAGAGUGCAAGCUAUUGAUCAUCUAGGGCAGUUUCAAAGUCCUCGGGUGAUUGAAUCCCUACGAGAUCUGCUGUACAGUGAAGACCCUAAUGUGCGUGCAGUGGCGAGUGUAUCAUUGGCAAAGACGGGCAACUCUGACAAGUCAACAAUCAAACGAUUGAUGAAGUCUCUCAAUGACAAAGAUCGUCUGGUGAGGGAGGCUGCAUGCCUAGCUCUUGGUCACAUCAAAGCUAAGGAAGCUGUACCAACACUACUACGUAUUUGGCGAAAUGACUUUAUUUCACACGUCAGAGAGGCGGCCAAAGCUGCUCUGGAACUGAUCGGUGGGGAGGAAGUGGAACAGGCCAUGCAUAUUACGAAGGUGUUAGCAGACGAAAUCAGGCUUCUUACCCAGGAAAAUUAAUCUUCUGUAAGGAAACAUUCUGUAAUACCAUGCAUAUUACGAAGGUGUUAGCAGACGAAAUCAGGCUUCUUACUCAGGAAAAGUUAGCCUUCUUUAAGGGAGCAUUCUGUGAUAUAUUAUUAUCAUCCGUAGUUAGAGAUUAGCAGAACUUGGUGCACGUAUAUACAUGUAAUAACAAUAGACACGCAUAUAUAUAUCAGUAGCACAUAUGAACAAUUAAAGUGAUAUUUUUCAUUAUUAAACUUGAGUAAAUUAUAGCAGUACGUAGAAAACAGGAUUUUUUUUUAGAAAGCAAUAAACCAUAAUGCCAGUAAUUAUUUGGGGUCUAAUUUCUAUAAUAAGAAUAUUUUUAUUCCGAUUUAAGUGACAUAAUUCAGAUCUUGAUUAUGAGAAUAUAUAGUUUUACUCAUCUGUUGCCCCCAAUGACAACUUAUUUCAAACAUGCUCAAAGCUUUUGCCAUGUACCAACAUCCCCUUUCUAUUCUUUAAACUUUUUCUCAAAAGCAAUUGGACAUUUCUAGACCGAGCUUAUUAAAUCAAGUUAAAGGAUGGAAUAAAAUUAAGUUAUAGGAUGAAGCAGGCAAAAAUAUGUAUGGAUAAUGGCAAUGAAUUGGUCUUGAUAUGUAUGUACAUUUUGUAUUUGAAAUGAAAACGAUAGUUUGUAGUUAUAUUUUGUAUUUCCAGUUAUGUAUGUAACUAUUCUAAAAACAAUUGUACAUGAUAACAAAAAGUUAAAUGGUAAUGAUAAAAACGAUUUUUUCCUCAAAUAAUUUGAACACUAAUGGCAAAAAUUACGUCAGAUAAUCAAUUAAAUAAAUUAUGUACUAAUUCGUUCCAAAUUGGAAGUCUUGGGAGGUGUGGCAUUGGGUUUAUAUGGGCUUUAAGAAAAGUGGCUGGA